AUGCGUGAAUGCAUCAGCCUACAUGUCGGUCAAGCCGGGGUACAGAUGGGAAAUUCGUGCUGGGAACUCUACUGUUUAGAGCACGGAAUUCAACCUGAUGGACACAUGCCUGAAGACAAAACUCCAGGUGUUUGCGACGGUUCCUUCAACACUUUCUUCAGUGAGACCGGUUCUGGGAAGCACGUCCCACGUGCGGUCUUCAUUGAUCUCGAACCAACUGUUAUAGACGAGGUUCGAACGGGAACGUAUCGUCAACUCUACCAUCCGGAACAGCUAAUCAGUGGGAAGGAAGAUGCUGCGAACAACUACGCGCGAGGUCAUUAUACAAUCGGACGUGAAUUCAUUGAUGCGGUUCUUGAUCGCACACGAAAAAUUGCAGAUCAAUGCAGUGGAUUGCAAGGUUUCCUGAUUUUCCACUCGUUCGGUGGAGGCACCGGAUCUGGCUUCACUUCAUUGUUGAUGGAAAAGUUGAGUGUGGAAUAUGGAAAGAAGUCGAAGCUUGAGUUCGCUGUUUACCCGGCUCCUCAAGUUUCUACAGCGAUGGUGGAACCGUAUAACUCGAUCUUGACCACACAUACCACAUUGGAACAUUCGGAUUGCGCGUUCAUGGUUGACAACGAAGCCAUCUACGAUAUUUGCAAACGUAAUUUGGGCAUUGGAUUGCCAACGUACACUAAUCUGAAUCGCAUCAUUGCUCAAGUGGUCAGCUCAAUUACCGCUUCCCUGCGUUUUGAAGGAUCAUUGAACGUGGAUCUGAAUGAAUUCCAGACCAACUUGGUCCCAUACCCGCGGAUUCAUUUCCCUCUGGCCACAUAUGCCCCAAUAAUCAGUGUUGAGAAAGCUUACCACGAGCAGCUGAGCGUCUCUGAGAUCACCCACGCCUGUUUUGAUCCAAAUAACCAGAUGGUCAAGUGUGAUCCACGUCGUGGUAUGUACAUGGCGUGUUGCCUGCUCUAUCGGGGUGAUGUCGUUUCCAAAGAUGUCACCGAUGUGAUCUCAUACAUCAAAACUAAGGGAGCCGUACACUUUGUGGAGUGGUGUCCAACUGGUUUCAAAGUUGGCAUAAACAGUCAACCACCGUCUGAUGUGCCCGGGGGUGAUUUGGCCAAGGUGAAACGUGCCUUGUGUAUGCUGAGCAGCACAACAGCGAUUCGAGAAGCGUGGCAACGUCUCAACUACAAAUUUGAUUUGAUGUAUGCCAAACGUGCAUUCGUGCAUUGGUAUGUUGGUGAGGGUAUGGAGGAAGGCGAGUUCCUAGAAGCGCGUGAAGACUUGGCCUCGUUAGAGAAGGACUACGAAGAGGUUGAACAAGACACAUCCGGCGAACCUGAAGAAGAAGACGCUGAAUACUAA